UGGUAUUUGCGUAAAAGAUUAUCCAGCUAAUUAUUUAUUUUAUGCCAAGCUAAAUAUACUAAACAUCUUUAUAUUGUUUUGUCUGAAGAUCUACGUAUUCAUUAAGCUGCAAUAUCAUUCAGCCAAAAAAUGUACAACGGCUUAGUAGGGUUUGCAUGUAACUUUAUUGCAAUGUUAACAUGUAGUUGUACAGGCAGAAUGAACUAAGUGCGCUUAAUACUAGCUUCGCACCGUAGCUAACUUCACUCAGUUGCGACUCACGCGCCGAUGUAACGUUUGAUGCUCUGAUAAUUGUUGUGAAUAAUUUGUUUAGAAUCCUAAGUUAAUGACACUGUGUAAUAAAAAUGAGUGCCAGGAGUAGAAGACUCGUUAGAAUGGCCACGAAAGACAAGGAUGGAAACCAUAAACACGAGCAGGAGUACGAACAACGCCAGGCUUCAGAUCUCGACGAGUCACAAGAACGUAUAGCUGAUCAGAUGCAGCAGAUAUUUAAUGAUAAUAUUUUUCUCGAUGAUAGCACGCCAGAGUCGGAGCAAGAGCUACCACGGACUAAAAUAACAUUGCCUGCAAGGCGAAUCUCGGAAACGACAUCAGAGUCAGAGUCGUCAUUAUUCGGCGGCGACUUUUCUGAUAACGAUCCUACGUACCAUCCAGACGAAGAGGACCAGCAGCGGUCUCCUGGCAACCACAGCGAUGAUGAUGGUGGUUUAAUUACGUUGCAGGACUUAUUAGGCCCCAAUGCUAAGGAAAACAUUGAAUCUUUUACUAUAUCACCAGAGCCAGACACCAUUCACCAAUAUGAAGAGAUAAAUAAUGACACAGUCUCUGACAUUGCUACUCUAAUAUUAUCAGAUGUGUUAGAGUUGGUUUGGGCAGAAGUGAAAACAUUAAGCCGUUGGCGAACUGCCGAUCCGACAAAUGGAAAAAAAAUGUCGCAAAAAAGAGACGUGCGGAAGGGUUGUCGUAUACAACUAAUAACCAAAUAAGAGCCCCCAAAGUCCCUAAGACAGUUGAUUGUACAAAAUGCUUAUUCAAAUGUACAGAUACAUUCACCGAACAAGACCGAGCGAAAAUUUGUAGAACCUACUGGCAUUUGGACUUUGUAAGCAAAAAAAACUUUAUACUGGCUCGUAUUACAGUCCAGCCACCAAAGAAAAUCCUGGUAGAGAGAAAACGACCAGCUAGACCUUACACUACAAAGUGUUAUUUUGAUUUAGGCACAGAGAAGCGACAAGUUUGUCAGAAAUUCUUUUGCUCUGCUUUAGGCAUCUCAAGUGCAACACUCAGUGACGCUGUUAAAAACCGAGAUGAUCUUGGAUUUUACUCCGGUGCUGAUGGACGAGGACAUCAUGUUCCGCCAAAUAAAACUCCCCCAGAAAAGGUGCAAGAAGUACUUGACCACAUUUCUUCCUUUCCUACAAUGGAGGGACAUUAUAUUCGUAAAAAAUCUAAACGUAAAUAUUUGGAAAGCACACUUUCAGUGAAUAAAAUGCAUGAACUUUAUUUGCUAGAGUAUGAAAACAACAAUCCUGUGUCUGCAAUAACUUAUCGCAGAAUUUUCUCGACUCAGUUCAACUUGAGUUUCUUUGUCCCAAAAAAAGACCAGUGUCAGGCAUGUAACAAGUACACCUCAGCACAAGAUAAAGAUAAAGCUGAUCUGGAAACGACCUAUAGCGAGCACAUACAAAGAAAAGUUGCAUGCGAGGCUGAAAAAGAAAGAGACAAACAAAGAGCAGGGACCGAUCCAACCUUUUUAUCUGUGUCUUUUGAUUUGCAAGCUAUAUUACAAAUACCAUGUUCAAAAGUUGGCUUGCUUUAUUACGUGCGUAAACUGACCGUAUACAAUUUGACCGUGUAUGAGAGUGCCUUACCCAACAAUGCCUUUUGCUUUUCCUGGUCCGAAGUACAUGGCAAAAAGGGAAGCGCGGAGAUUGGUACAAUUUUAUACCAUUACUUGUCAAAUUGUAUCUCCACGAACGUAACAAGUGUGUCUUUGUUCUCUGACACCUGCGGUGGUCAAAAUCGUAACCAAAACGUUGCGGCUAUAUUACUUUGGGCUGUUAACGAAAUCGAUCAUCUUCAAGUCAUUGAACAGAAAUUUCUUGAGUCGGGGCAUUCUUACAUGGAAGCCGAUUCAAUGCACAGCAGUAUU